AUGUCCAGGCACUUUGUGAAAAUGUUAGUAUCCAGGCUUCCGCUGGUGGGUAAGCUCCCGGAAUCCGCUGGCCUGGUCUUCGGCUUCCAACGCCGUCAGUGCUGCAUCCUAUAUUUGUUCUUCGAAUCCGGUCAGCUGCAGAAUCAUUGUAAAUUGGGCACCGGAACGUUUAUGGGCCCCCGAAUUUCCUCGCAGGUUGCGGAAGUGUUCUGGUCGCAACCACCUUUUUGUAGAAGUUAUUUUUUAUGCUCCGAUAGUGUAAAAAAAGCGGUUCGCCAGCAAACGAGGUGGGGAUAUCACGUCGGUUCUCCAAGUCUACAAGUUGAACAUGGUGGGACAGAAGUUCUUGAAGUCGUCUUCCCAGCGCGUUCUUGGUCUUUCCAACGGCAUUUUGGUAUCGGGCGUCCAAUUCAGAAGACGUGCUUCCCAUCCUUCCUGGUUCUCAAAGUCGGCAAGUUGAGGUUGUGA